ACUUAUCGAAAGUAUCGAUUGGCCGACAUCGAGGAAAUCAUUGAAAUGAAAAAUUGAAUUUCUUCAUAAAUUUCAUAAAAUUGGAACAAAAUGUCAAAUAAGGAAGUUUGCAAAUUAUGCAAGAAUAACCAGGCGAUAGAGGAAGAUCUUGAAAAGGCCAAGUUCAAAUCGGUUAACAAACUGCUGCAAAGACUCUUCGAGUGCUACAAAAUUGAUAUCGGCAUUCUGGGAGAGGAUUCGUGCCUAUGUGAGCCCUGUUUGGAUGAGGUUUCGCGUAUGAGCGAAUCCCUUGAGAAAUGGAGCAAGGGCCAGGAAGAUAUCCGGGAUAAAGCCCUCGAAAUAGACGACUCCAAGGCGUUUCAAGUGAAGUUUGAAGUUCCGUCAUCCGAUGAUGAGGAGCAAUACCCCGGAUAUUAUGAGGAGCAAUCCCCCGGAUAUUGUGAGGAGCAAUCCCCCGGAUAUUAUGAGGAGCAAUUCCCCGGGAAAGAUGAAGCACAAUCAUCCGGGGAAGAUGGUGAGGAGCAAUCACCAGGGAAAGAUGGGGAGACAUCAACUGAAGAAUACGAUAUGGAGGGAACAGAAGAGGAAGAUGAUGAUCUAUCUGACCAAAACGACGAUAUGAAACUGGCAGAGGAGGACCCUUUCCAACCAUCGGCCGAGGAUUUCUUCAGCGUGGGCUUGGCCCGCGAUGGCUUGGCGAUAACCAAGUUCUUCAAGGACAGGACCAAAACCACCCGGAUGGUGUGCACUUGUUGCGACCAGGUGCUCGAAAUCCUGGCCCACAUUCGGAUGCACAGUGGAAGGGCCCGACCGAAUCCGACCUACUAUUGCCGUGUAUGUGGCUCGGAUUUUCACACUCCGGGCGAGCUACAGACGCACACCAUGGCGAUGGGGCAUACCAUUAGCAAAUGCGGUGGAAGAGAUCUGGAAUUCUUGUGCCUCAAAUGCCACCAGAUGUUCUCACGAUACUUCGACGUUAUCCGCCACGAGAACAGCGCCCACAGUGCUUCACAUCCCAUAUGUGUGAAGUGCAACGUGUCCUUCAAGUGCUGGGAAGCCUACGAGAAGCACAUGAAUGAACAUAGUACCGAAUCUGACGAAGGAAAGAUCUUCCAGUGCCGCUAUCAGAACUGCAAUCAAAGGUUCCGAGUGUGGGCCCGUUUUGCGACGCACAUGAACUGGCACAGUGGUCGGGGUCACCUUUGUCCGCAUGCCGGUUGCAAUGCGGAAAUACUGCCCGGGAAUUUCAUGGUCCACAUGCGCACGCACUUACAGCCAUGGCGACUCGAUCGGAUGGGCCAGUUUAUGGCCUUGGAUCCUUCGAAGCGGGUGGAACCGGAUGUUCGAAAGGUGCCGUACGACAAACGAAAGUUUGAGGCCCGGCAGGGUCGCUAUCUCCGUCCGCUUAAGCUCAUCCAGCCGCAUCCCUCUUGCGGAGGACAGUUCAUCAGCCUGCCCAAGAAAAUAUCCCUGCAACAGGGCAAAUACAUAAGUGUUGGCAAGGCAAAAGACCAAAGAAAAUAGCAAUACGGACGUGUGAUGAUACGUAAUUUGAUUAGUUUCCAAUAAAAUAAUCAGUAUCAACCCAGAAGUUGAAGUUCACCCAAGUGAAUAAUUAAAAAAUGAGUUCUUAAAA